UACCCUGAAAUGUUCCUGUUCCCAUGGAGACAAAUGUCAUAUUUUGUUUACGAGAAAGAAAACAAUUCAAACAGUUACAGAAUUUUUUUAACAAAAGCAUAGAUAUUUUAUUCAAAAACUUCAAUUUUACAUCAAAAACAAAUAUCCGAUGACAUUAAUUAAGCAAAACCGCCAUGAAAAAAUGGUUCUAAGCAAAGAUUCACGUUGGGAUCGUAUUAGAAAGCGGUACUCCUCUAGCUCUACGGUACCGCUAAACUCCGAUGCAAUCCGGCGCUUUAUAGACAAGGAUUUUAUUGGCAAACAUAAUGAAAGCAUACUCAAAGGUGAAAUUGGUCAGAGAUCACGACUGGAUCCGCUGCUGGUUAUGGAUAUUCGUCACAAAGUGUUUCAGGACAUACCAAAAAGGCCGGCGCAAAUUGUUGCAAGCCGCAGUCUCGAAACAUGUCGUGCGCACAAUGCCGCUGUAGAGGAACAUUAUCUUGACAAUGAAUUGAAGAAAUAUCGCCAACAAUUAGAAAGACAAUACCAACUUACCAGUAUUCCUAAAAGCGUCAAAACGAAAGCCGACUCCUUCAUAGCUGAUUCUGCAGUCAUAGAACGUCGUUCUUCCACUGGUUCCUGGGAUAUUGAAGACUUUCGAUUGACACCACUAAAAUCGUUCAAAAAAGUAAAUAUAGUAUCGAAAAACUUUUCUGAAACGUUCAUUGCACAAACAAAUUUUAACGGUGCAGGAUAUACUGGUCGUGAAUCUAAAAUCUCAAAAUCAAACUCUGACUGCACAAAAAAUCAGGUACAGACCAUUACAUCCUUAAAUGAAAACUCGUGUUCGAACGAUGCAAGUAACAUAAACCCCAAAUCAGCGAGCCUUUCAAAAAAUUGCAAGAUAGCUGAAACCAGAAAUACAAAUAACGAAAUCACCACUGAAGAUAUUCAUAAGGCAAACUCAGUUCCAAUAAAUGAAAUAACAGCGACACCACCAACCACUGAACAGCACAACAAAGAAAAUAGUUUGAUAAAAGAAGCCAAUAACACAGUAUCAAAAACUGAAGUAAAUAAAAAUACUGCGUCCCUACCGAUCUAUCAUAAUGACGGUGACCUUACUGACAUAAAUGUGAUAAAUGAAAUGCAUAUCAAUAAACCUACAGUCAAAGAUCACAAUAUUCACACAAAAACAUUAAGUUCUCUUCCUGACUGGGAGAGAGAUGUGAUGUGUGGUCGUUGUGUAAAAUUUGAGGAUCAAGAUUGGAGACGCAGUUACAUUUCAGAAAAAAUACAUCACUCAGACAGUGGAGAUGAUAUAGACUCAGUUAUAUCCGACUUAGCAGAAGAGGCUUUAAAGGAACUACAAUCAGAAGAAUCACUUAAAGCUACACAACACAACGCAGAUGUAGAUGAAAAAAAUGAGGUCACGUUAGAUUUGAAAAUUAGAGCAGAACAAAUUCCGGUAUCUCAGCCAACAUGUGUUACAGAUAUGUUAAUAAUAAAGCGCUUGGAAGCAACUACUACUUGUGCUAAAGAGGAUAUUGAGGAAUUUGAGCUGACAUCUUCAGAGGAUUUAGAGACGACUUCAUCCACUCAAGAACAGAAUUUAAUUAUUACACAGCUAUUUCAAGUUCGUGCCAAAAGAGACAUUAAGACUUUGCGAAAGUAUUUUCUGAAAUGGAUCCAUUUUACAACAAUCGAGAAAAUCGAACGGGAAAAUGUCAUUAGCAAUAACAAUCGCGUUCGAAAGAUUAACCUUUUUUUGGAUCAAAUACGUAAAGUAAAAUCGCGACCUCUACGAAAUAACCGCAUAUGCAAGGAUAACGAAGGAUCUGAAAACGAGCCAACAGACGGAGAGAAUGAGCGAGAACAUAAUGUGGUAGAUGUGCACAAAAAAAAAUUCGAUAAUAUAUAUGCCACGAAGAAAUAUCAAAACAAAAUAAAAAUUCAACAGGACAUCAUCGAUUUACAAAAACUAAAACUCGAGAAACAGGAGCGCCUGAUAAUGCAAUUGAAGGUGAAUAAUUUUACGAAAGAAGCACAGGAAGCACGACAGGACAUUAAAAACGAACUAAAAGCAGUGCUCAAAUCUGGUGAUCCGAAAUCUAAAGCUAAAGCGAAAUGUCUGCAAAUCAUUGGUAAUUUACAAGAUUCCGACGACGAAAGUAACCUGGCCCGCUUGAGGGGAAAAGCAAUGUUACUACCGAAAUUUCUACAAAAUAUGCAAGAACGAGCUUUAGAGCGCAGCGUUAAACAUGAACAGGCGCGGCAAAGACGACUACAAAAAGAAGCCGAAAGAGAGGCGCAGAAAGCAGCACUGGAAGAGGCAAAGAGACUGGAAGACGAAGAAGCAAAGCGAAUGAGAAUUGAGGCGCUUAGAGAAAAACGUCGCCAAGAAAAGAUGGCUAAAAUUAUAAAAGAACGGGAACGCCAACGAGCCAUAGAAAACAAUCGCAAAGCACAGGAAUUUCAUCGUAUACUGCUGUUACGUCGAGUUGGCAUGGAGGGAUUUAAGCGAUUAAUACAACUGAAACACACUUACAUACGCAAAUGUGAAGUUUUGAAACGAAACAUAUUCAAAAGGAACUACUUUUGGGCAUGGCGCGACUUUUAUGUCACUCAACGUACUCAGAACAUUGAACGUGCUGAUGCUCUUCAUGAUGUGAUACUGAAGCGCAAUGCUAUACAUGCAUGGAAGGAAUACGUUCACGAAGAACGCAAAAAAUAUCAAACGGCUAUAGAUUGGUACGAUCUGAAACUGACUGAAUCAGUGUUCCAAACGUGGUUUACCUACACUAAAAAAAUGAAAACAAUUGAAAAUAUGAAAAUGGAAAAAGCCAAACUACAUUAUGAAUGGCACACACGUUGGAAGGUUAUAGAUUGUUGGCGGCGUCUUCCACAUAUUUUGUGCCUAGAACGUGAAACUGAAGAACGUCGUCAACGAUGGAGAAUGAAAAUAUGGGAACUUCUACCGGAUUAUGUUCCAUUAAAUCGAAAUUAGUUAAUUUUGUUGUUUUAUUUUUUGUACUUUAUAUGUGAAUUGUUUUUCAUUUAUUUUGGUUGUAA